CAAAUUCCUCGUGCGUCCAGCACACCUGGCCAAUAGAGCUGAUUCUGAGUCUGAUAACAAAAAGGAUAAUGAUCUUUUCAGGACCUGCCAGACCACGGCUUACAAAUAUGUGACGUCACUACUACCCGGCACAUCUUUGUCAGUGAACAAAAUGGCAACGUACUGUCUUACUGUCGCCCGGCUGCAGCUGGCCCUGGGCCGUGGUGCACGGCGUCUGCAUGUAUCAGCAGCUUACAGAGCAAAGGCUCAAGUGGCCAUGAGCCGCUUUGAGCCCGCUUCUUUCAUCAACUACGAAAAGCUCCAGUCCAACGUCGACAUUGUACGUAAAAGACUCAACCGGCCCCUCACCUUGUCAGAGAAGAUUGUUUAUGGCCACCUCGAUAACCCCCACAGCCAAGAGAUCGUUCGUGGUCACACCUACCUGCGACUGAAUCCCGACCGCGUGGCUAUGCAGGAUGCCACAGCCCAGAUGGCGAUGCUCCAGUUCAUUAGCAGCGGCCUGCCAAAGGUGGCUGUGCCCUCCACCAUCCACUGUGACCACCUGAUUGAGGCCCAGAUUGGAGGAGCAAAGGAUCUGGCCAGGGCAAAGGAAGUCAACAAAGAGGUCUACAACUUCCUGUCCAGUGCUGGGGCAAAAUAUGGAGUUGGCUUCUGGAAACCAGGUUCUGGAAUCAUCCAUCAGAUCAUCCUAGAGAACUAUGCCUAUCCAGGAGUGAUGCUCAUUGGUACAGAUUCCCACACCCCUAAUGGUGGAGGACUUGGUGCCAUCUGCAUUGGAGUUGGAGGAGCUGAUGCUGUAGAUGUCAUGGCAGGAAUCCCCUGGGAGCUCAAGUGUCCCAAGGUGAUUGGCGUCAGGCUGACAGGAAGUCUCUCUGGCUGGACGUCUCCUAAGGAUGUCAUCUUGAAGGUGGCCGGCAUCCUGACGGUGAAGGGAGGUACAGGAGCCAUCGUGGAGUACCACGGACCAGGAGUCGCCUCCAUCUCAUGCACUGGAAUGGCCACCAUUUGCAACAUGGGAGCAGAGAUUGGAGCCACAACCUCUGUGUUCCCUUACAACCACCGCAUGAGGACCUACCUGGAGAAGACUGGACGUGGGCAGAUUGCUGCCUUGGCUGAUGAAUACUCAGACCUGCUGGUACCAGAUGAAGGCUGCAAGUACGACCAGAUCAUCGAACUCAAUCUGGACGAGCUGAAGCCCCAUAUCAACGGACCGUUCACCCCGGACCUGGCUCACCCAGUGUCUAAAAUAGGUGCUGUGGCUGAAAAGAACGGCUGGCCGCUGGAGGUUAAAGUUGGUCUGAUCGGCAGCUGUACAAACUCCAGCUACGAGGACAUGGGCCGCGCUGCCUCUGUGGCCAAGCAGGCUUUGGAUAAAGGCCUUAAGUGUAAGGCUCAGUUCACAGUCACGCCCGGCUCUGAGCAGAUUCGUGCCACCAUUGAGAGAGAUGGAUAUUCAAAGAUCCUUGCUGAUGUUGGAGGCGUGGUUCUGGCAAACGCAUGUGGGCCCUGCAUCGGGCAGUGGGACAGGCGUGAUGUGAAGAAAGGGGAGAAGAACACAAUCGUCACUUCCUUCAACAGAAACUUCACUGCCAGGAAUGAUGCCAACCCUGCAACACAUGCCUUCGUCACCUCCCCCGAGAUUGUCACUGCCCUUGCCAUCGCUGGCACAUUAAACUUCAACCCAGAGACAGACUACCUUACAGCUCCUAAUGGUGAGAAGUUCACGCUAGAGCCGCCCAGCGGAGAUGAACUCCCUGCAAGGGACUUUGACCCAGGUCAGGACACCUACCAGCAUCCACCCGCUGAUGGUACCAGCCUUAAGGUGGACGUCAGCCCUCAGAGUAACCGGCUACAGCUGCUGGAGCCCUUUGAUAAAUGGAGUGGAAAUGAUCUGGAGGACAUGCAGGUCCUCAUCAAGGUGAAGGGCAAAUGCACUACAGACCACAUCAGCGCUGCUGGACCUUGGCUGAAGUUUCGCGGUCACCUGGACAAUAUCUCCAACAAUAUGCUGAUCGGUGCAGUCAACAGUGAGAACGAUGCAGUCAACAAGAUCAAAAACUGCCUGACAGGAGAGUACGGAGGAGUCCCCGAUGUGGCCCGGCACUACAAGGCCAACUGUGUGUCAUGGGUUGUGGUCGGAGAUGACAACUACGGUGAAGGCUCCAGCAGAGAGCAUGCAGCGCUGCAACCCAGACACCUGGGAGGACGAGCCAUCAUUGUCAAGAGCUUUGCUAGAAUCCACGAAACUAACCUGAAGAAGCAGGGUCUGCUCCCACUGACCUUCAGCAACCCAUCAGACUAUGACAGGAUCUGCCCUGAUGACAAAAUCUCCAUCAGAGGCCUCAAAACCUUCACUCCAGGGAAGCCUCUGACCGCAGUCGUUAAGCACAGCGAUGGCAGUGAGGAGACCCUGGAGCUCAACCACAGCUUCAACAAGACACAGAUCGAAUGGUUCCGGGCAGGCUCUGCCCUCAACAGGAUGAAGGAGCUGUAGCACUGAGGAAGAGGCAUGAAGAGGGAAAAUGUGGACAAGGAGGAUUUUCAGGGGAGAACAGGGAGGUGAGGAUCACAGGGAGGCAGGAGGAUGUUAAUAACUGCUGCCUUAGCAUACAGUUGGGCCUGAGCUGAUGUGUUGGUAUACCUCUAAGAAGUGUUUGUUACUCCUGACUAAUCGCCAGGCUAAUGUUGAUGAUGGAACAUACAUCAUUCUUGACAGUAUUGUAAGCUGCUAUGUUUCAAAGUUGAACAGUGUUAGAGAUCAGAGCCAGUUGUACAAAAAGGGGAGACACACACAUAGACUUUAACACACUGAGCUUUGAUCGAAGCAGUGACAUGAUACGCUGCCAGCUGAUGUGCUUCCAGUGGUUUUGCAGCAGUUAAACAGGUCCAUACUGGAGCUGAGCCAGUUGAAGGCAGUUGGUCUCCUUGUUGCUUUCAGACUGUGCUACCUAGGAACAGUCAGGUCAGCAUGCUCCUGUGUUAUCUAAAGGCCACUCUGGAUUAGGUAACCACUGUUUUCGAUUGUAUCCAUGGCCCUGUUUUAAGUGAAGCUGGAGUUUCUCAACAAAACUUGUUGCAACACAUUCAUUCAUUCAUCUGCCCCGUUAGCCUGUCUGCCCCCUAGUCGCCACAAGGAGACAGUGUGCUGUCUAUAAGGGACAGGACCCUGCUAAUUUGAUGUAAAUGCCCACUUUCAAAGCAGUACCUAAAUGACAGCAGUUUUCUAGGUAUUGUUGAAAGGCAUCCUGGGAGCUGCACAGGUGCAUGACACAGAUAAAGUGGGUUCCUUUAGAUUUAGAUUCAGCCAGCAUUAAUUCUGUGACCUGUGGGACUGAGAACCACUGCAGACACUUCCUACUACACAAAAGGACUUGUCUAGUUUAAUACAAUGUAAGAAUGCAGCACAUUACCCUCUUCUUCCCUCAAACUGUCAUUAACCUCCCGUCCCGAUCAAGCUGAAUCUCUCAAAACAUAUCACAAGGUUUACCCAUUGUUUAUUUACUUAAACUUUUUUUCCUGGCGAAAGGUUCAGGCCUUUUGUUUUCCCCCAUCCCUGCAAACAAAAUGCAUUGAGACGUGAAUCACUUACCUCUUAUAACUCACUGUAUGUAAAAUGUCUGGCUCUAUAUAGUGUAAGUGUGUGUGUUAUAGAAGAGCCAAUGGGUUGUAAAAUAAGAAUUCACAGCUCUCAUUUAUUCACAUUGGCUCCACUGAUGUGACUGAAAUAUGUUUGUGGAAAUAUACAGUGAUGUAAUGAUCUAUCCUCUUCAUUAAAACUCUGAUUAAAAA